AUUUUUGGAAAAAUGUACAAGUGCCUCGGAAAAUGGUUGUAUUAUGAUAUUCAAAAGUGCUAACUUAUUAUUGAACGAAUGAGUGAGUAAAAUAAUGGGUUAAGUGUUUAAUAAAAGUGAAUGAACAAUUAGCAAAAUGAAAAGGCGCAAAAAAGACAGCAAAGUUCGAGUUAGGUUCAAUAUUACCAAUGUGACCGGUAUGAACCGAGGCUCCAGGGAGGAGCUGCUGGGCAGUUCUCAAGAGGCUCUUAGGAAUAGCCAGCAUGACCUUCGGCAGGUGUACGAGAGGCCGCUCACCAAAGAAGAGAAGACCUUCCUUCUUCAUGCUGACAGAGGAGACUAUGUUACUGUUAAGAGAUUGAUAGAACAAUACGUUUCUCAGAGCGAUGUCUUAGACAUUAACUGCGUGGACCCGCUCAACCGGUCGGCUCUCAUAGCGGCCAUAGAGAAUGAGAACAUCGAGCUCAUCAAGCUACUGCUGCAGUCUGGGAUCAAGGUCAAGGAUGCUCUUCUCCACGCCAUCAAGGAAGAGUAUGUAGAAGCUGUAGAACUGCUGCUGCAAUGGGAAGAAGAUAACCACGUGCCUGGAGAACCUUAUAGUUGGGAGUCAGUAGACCCGUCAUCAGCGACCUUCACCCCUGACAUCACGCCGCUGAUCCUGGCUGCUCACAGGAACCACUAUGAGAUCCUCAAGAUCCUGCUGGAUAGAGGCGCCACCCUGCCGGUGCCACACGACGUCAAAUGCGGUUGUGACGAGUGCGUGAAAUCCUCUCAAGAGGACUCUCUGCGUCACUCCCAGGCGAGGAUCAAUGCCUACCGAGCCCUUUCCUCCCCGUCCCUCAUCGCCCUGUCUUCUGCUGACCCUCUGCUGACUGCGUUCCAACUGUCCUGGGAAUUGGGCCGGUUGAGCAGGAUGGAGACUGAAUUUAGGGUUGAAUAUAAGGCAUUACGUCAACAAUGUCAAGAGUUUGCGACCUCCUUGCUCGACCACACAAGGACCUCCAAGGAGUUGGAGAUCAUGCUGAACUAUAACCCCUGGGAUGUGGACUGCUGGGAGCCGGGGGAGCGACAGACCCUUGGCAGGCUGAAGCUGGCUAUCAAGUAUAAGCAGAAAAUGUUCGUAGCCCAUCCAAAUGUACAGCAAUUGUUAGGAGCCAUAUGGUACGAAGGUUUACCUGGAUUCAAGAGAAAAAAUAUUGUAGGACAAUGUAUACAGGUGGCUAAACUAGGAGUGAUGUUCCCAGUAUAUUGUACGAUAUACAUGUUGGCGCCCAACUCCGAAUAUGGCCGGUUUAUGAAGAAACCUUUCGUCAAGUUUAUCUGUCAUAGCUCUUCCUAUAUGCUGUUUCUUACACUUCUCUCCCUAGCAUCUCAAAGGGCAGACUACCUAGUUCUAGAAUGGUCUGGAAUCACCUGGUUGAAGGAGCUGGUGGAAUACUGGAAGGAACAUGAACGAGGCUCGCUGCCCAGUCUCAUAGAGUUCGGCGUCAUCAUCUACAUAGCAAGUCUAAUCUGGGCAGAAAUAAGAUCCUUAUGGACAGGAGGUAUCACGGAGUACAUCAGUGAUCUGUGGAAUAUUGUGGACUUCAUCACGAAUGCGUUUUACAUUGCUUGGAUAAGUUUGCGGUUCUCAUCUUGGUAUAUCGUCCAGCGUGACUACAAUUCAGGCGUAGAUCCCUGGUAUCCUCGAGAGAGCUGGGACUCUUACGACCCUAUGCUGCUUUCCGAAGGUGCCUUCGCAGCAGGCAUGAUCUUCUCCUUCCUCAAGCUAGUCCACAUCUUCUCCAUCAACCCGUACCUUGGACCUCUACAGGUGUCCUUAGGAAGAAUGAUAUUGGAUAUCCUCAAAUUCUUCUUUGUGUACAUGUUGGUGCUUUUUGCUUUUGGAUGCGGUUUAAAUCAAUUGAUGUGGUAUUACGCUGAGCUAGAAAAAAAUAAAUGUUACCAUCAUCCAAAUGGGAUGCCAGAUUUUGAUGGACAAGAACGAGCUUGCACUAUUUGGAGACGAUACGCAAAUUUAUUCGAAACAUCUCAGUCUCUAUUCUGGGCGUCUUUCGGCUUGGUAGACUUGACGACUUUUGAGCUGACCGGCAUCAAGAGUUUCACCAGAUUUUGGGCUCUCCUCACGUUCGGGUCUUACUCGGUGAUCAAUAUCAUCGUGCUGCUGAACAUGCUGAUUGCUAUGAUGUCUAACUCUUAUCAAAUUAUUUCGGAACGAGCAGAUACCGAGUGGAAGUUCGCUCGCAGCAACCUGUGGAUGUCAUACUUCGAGGAUGGGGAUACCGUCCCUCCCCCCUUCAACAUCAUCCCCACCCCCAAGCACUUCAUGUGCUGGAUCAAGCGCUGCUUCAAUAAUAGGGAUCGUGGGUCUAUUAUUAACAAAUCCCGCGAGAAAGCCCGUCAAGAGCACGAAGCAGUAAUGAGGGUCCUAGUUCGUCGUUACGUCACAGCCGAACAGAGGGCCAGAGACGAGACCGGAGUCACCGAGGACGAUGUCAUGGAGAUCAGACAGGAUAUCUCCACGUUACGUUAUGAGCUCAUUGAUAUACUGCAUAAUAAUGGCAUGAAGACGCCGAGGAUUACUAUGCAGGAUGCUACUGUUGCCGGCAAAAAGGGCAAAGUGAUGGAGAGAAGGAUUCUGAAAGACUUCCAUAUCGGAAUAGUGGAGGGCAUUAUAAAAGACGUUAUAUCUAAAGAGAACAAGCCUAAGGAUGUGUUCAGUCAAAUCGCUAAGGCUAUUGUCAGGAGAGGUAGCACUGAUAGCAAAAAACGUGACUGGAACGCAUUGGUGCGAACUAACACGGUGCGCAAGGAUCCUAUUGGCACGACUGCUGAGGCUGAGACCAAGAGGAGCCGGCAGUCUCUCCGAGCGCAUAUCCUGGACAACAUGGCUAGCAGGACUAUAGAUCCGCAGAAAUUGUUAGAAUACAAUCCUCAACUAGCUGGCGUGUCUCCUUGCACGAGGGUAGCAUACGCGAAGUUCAUGAGGAGCAAGAUAAAGUCGGACUUCACAGAGCGAGAGAAGAAAGGCAGAAGACUGUCAGAAAUCAGCUUAGAAGACGAGGUGUUUGACGCGCCUAAGAAGAGAGAGAGUUGUAGGAGAUGCAGUGCUCGUUCGUUCCGUAGCAGAACGCCGAUCCCUGAAAAUUCAGACGAUGAGGGACUCAAUGAAAACGAAAUAGAAGUGGAAGCUGAUGUUGAGGACAAAGGUUCAGAAGGUGGAUCAGAACAAACACGACCGCUAAAGUCUUCAUCCCAAGAGCCAUCAGAGCCCAGCACACCAGCCUUCGACCCUGCCGACGGCAGCCGCCUCCCCCCACCAACGGAAUUCCAAUCAACCGACCAUGUCAUCACCAUCGAACCUGACACUCCCACCAGGACUCUUUACAUGACUGAGGAGGAAGAUUCCAACCUUCAGAAACCUAUUACUCCUACUCCUAGCGUUCACUCUCAAUCUGAACAGAUUCUAUCAGCUGCCAGCUUAGAGGCUCAGUACAAACAAAUGACUACCGAAGUGCCUGUAGUGGUGACGUCAGAACCUCCGACGGGAGCGAUGACGUCAGAGCCCCCGACGGUAGUGGUGACGUCAGAGGUCAGUGAACCUGAGGUUUCGCCUCGAACGUCCUCAGUCCCUCCUAGGUCAGCAAGAGUUAGUCCAGCACCGUCGCCUAGUUACGGACGAGGUAGGGGCAAAUCUAAAGCUACUGGGAAAGUGGUUUCUGGAUGGCUCUGAGUUUUUUUGAGACCUUUGGCCUGAUUUUGGAUUAUGAUGUCUAGUCAUUUAUGUGUGGCCUGAAUUUUGGGGAGCAUUGGACUUAGGGUCGUUACAAAAAUAAUACAAAGUUUUUUUUUCGAGAAUGACUUUAAUAUAUUAAACAAUAUAUAUUUAGUAAGACACUCCUAACUACUUAACCGAUUAAAAAAGUCACUGAUAUAAAGCUAUAUUACUUGUAAGUUCUAUAGAAUUUAUUAGAUCAUGCAAAAUCGAGAGCAAAACUAAGAACAGUCUUGAAAAAGUAUGACAAACUUUUUCAUUUUUGUGCUGGCCCUAAUUCAUUGUUCUCAAGUGUAUAACGAAUCGACGUAUUAGUGAGAUAUCUGUUAUUAGAGCAAUAACUAGUUUGUAUCUAAAUGUCCUUGCCUACUUAGAUCAGUCUGGGUCACAGAGCUGGACUAGAAUCACUGCCACAUAUCAUCUUUGUUACUUACCUAUCUAUCGAACUAAGAAGAUUUUUAAUACUCUCUUCUGGAAUUUUCUCUGUGGGUUACACACUAAACUAU